AUGCCAGACUCAUCCGACGAGUCAGACUCCGAAGGAGUUGGUCUCGUGCAGAAUGACGCUUCCGACUCGGAUUCUCCCGGAAGCGACUCGGGAUCUGAGAAUGGCAAUGGCAUUGACUUCCUCGACGUCGAGGCUUCCGAAUCAGGCGAUAGCAAUUCCGACAACUCAUCAGAUUCAGACUCCGAUGACGAAUCAAUUCUGGGAGAAGGACGACGCCGUGCUCCUCGCGCCUUCUUCCCGGAAUUCCGCAGGCUUCCCAUCGAACUGCGUCAUCGUAUCUGGCAGUUCUUCUGUCCGGAUCUCGCUCUACUACCACGCGUCAUUUCUUUCCAAACGGUGUGCUCACCGAAGCAGGAUAGCAUAUGGGAAAGUGCAACGUUGGAGAACCAGAUCGCGGCAGCAAGUGCGAUGCUCGCUGUCCACCGCGAGAGCCGAGAACUCGCCCUCAAGGCUUUUCCGGACACUCUGGCCAUCCGCGAGGGACGCCGCAUAGUGCGCUUCCACAAGCAAAGAGAUGUUGUCCACCUCAACGGCCAAAAGAAGAGCUGGGAGCAUAACAUCAACGUGCCAGGAUUUUCGGAAAAUGUCGUCAAUCUGGCACUAGACACCUCCGAGCUGGACCCUCGUGAAAUGCGGUUAUUCCUCGCUUUUCCGAACCUCAAGAAUGUCUUCGAUUUCGCCUGGCACAGCGACCGACGCAUACCGCAUAGGUUGCAUUGGUGCGCCUCGGACAAAAUCCACCGCUACGAGAUCGAGCAGCUUCAGAAGAACGUCCACUCCGGUGAAGACUUGCACUUUAUCUACUGCUGGCCGGAUGUGGAGAAACAUCGCGAAUUUGCACAAAAUAAAGCUGGGCUGACGGAAUUAUGCGAGGCCGCCAUGACGGAAAUAGCUGAAAUCAGAGAAGAUGACCCAGACUUCAUGGAGGACGACGACGUGGCGCGUCUCGGCGAGAUCGACUAUUGGCAGAUGACGUGCUUCGGUUGGGAAGCUGCUGAUCGAUUCGAGGCCUUUCUGGCAAAGCACGAAGUCACUGACGGGGACAUGCCCGCUACGGAUGGGUCAGACGACGAUGACGAAGAUGGAUCUAAUGAUUCUGACGACUCAUCUGACCAGAAUGAGUACGAAAGUGACGGCAUAGAUGACGCAACAAUUGACGGGGAGUCGGUCGACGAAGAUGAAGACGACUUACUGAUUGACACGCGACAAGAAAGCGACGACGAAGAGGAAGGCGGAGCAUCUGACUUUGGUGGAUUUUCUCCACUAAGGGAUGAGGACGGUGGCAUGAUGAUUGACGGCUCGGGUCCUACGGCCCAUUUCUCCAGUCCGGAGCCAGAGUUUGGCAAUGAUCGACCGCGGCUGAGUGGCAGACGAGCGCGUCAGGUCGCGUCCUCCGACGAUGACGAAGAAUCGGGCGAAGACGAGGGAGACGAGCCAGGGCGCGGCGCAAACCGGCGCGGUCCUGUGAUUCUUUCUGACGAUGAAGAUGAGGAGCAAGAAGACGAGAAGCCGUCACAGAGUACCGGCCGUCGCGGUCGCGUCGUGCUCUCCGACGAUGAGGAGGACGAAGAGGCGAAAAACCCUAUGCGACCCUCAGGGCGACGUGCUCGAGUGCUUCCCUCAGAUGAUGAGGAUGAGGAUGAAGAUGACGGCGGUGCAGAUGUCGGCAAUGCUGAGAUAAAGAGUGGCUCAGACCACGAGGAUGGACAGGCAGGCACAAAGAGGCUUUGGUCCCUCGCCGAGAAGCUCGCUCGUAAUCGUGAGGAAAACCCGGUAUCCGACGAAGAAGAGUCCGAGGAGGAUGAGAGCCCGGAGGAGGAGGAGGAAGAGCCGGCGGCACCCAAGAAAAUGUCUCUCGCCCAGCAACUCAUGACGCACCGCAAGCGAAACCCCAUCGUUUCUGAGUCUGAGGGUGGCUCUGAGGGCAGCGUCAUAGAUGACAAUGACGAGCUAGACGAUGAGGACGAGGAAGAAGAAGAUGAUGAGAAUGGAAUGUUUAUGAGCAUGGCGGACGAGGGCGAGUCUGAUGACGAGGGAGACGAAGAAGACUACUAG